AUGAAGAUUCUUCAAUACAAUAGAUACCAUUAUAAAAUCUCGGCGAGUGAUGAGUUCUCAAUAGGAACUAUUCCCGGGACAAAUUCUAAGAACGCCCCCCAAGGAGGGAAGAGAAACGGCAAGAAAAAAGUGAAAAUAAGCCAGACUCGGCCGAGUUACGCCAGGGCACACAACUUCAACAAUAAUCUGAGAUCAAGUAACUAUAUGAGCAAGGGAUUCAAUUGGGCUUCUAAAGGAGCAAUAAAAGAUCUAAAACAUGAACAAAUACGGCGCCAGAGGAAGGGAAGGAUAGGACCGAUUCCCAGAAUCAGGAGAAUAGAGAAGAGAAAUUAA